CCAUUCCAUCGUGUUGUACUGCGAAAGCGGUACCUCGAGACGCGUUUCGGUCUCCUCGGCGAUCAUCUCGCGCCACUUGUGUGUGUUUCAAGUGCAAGAUCAAGCUUUCGGAACAUUGUCACCAAAAAAUAAAGGAUGCGUUUGCUUCAGAGGCGGCACAUUUUGUCGCCGCUGAUCCUCUUCAUAUUUAUCACAUCCUUUAGUAACGUACUCAGCAGACAUCGCAUUCGACAUCACCGAGACAGGUUCAAAAGGCAGCAAGGGGCCCACUUAUACUUAGCUGGUAGUUACGUGUUUGAAGGGGGCGAUGGGCCUGAUAUUGGCCCUUGGACUGAUUGGUCUUCUCCGAGUCCUUGCUCCAGGUCAUGCGGAGGGGGCGUUUCCACGCAGACUAGACAGUGCACACUGGGAUACACGUGCCAAGGGCCCUCCUCCAGGCAUUUCUCGUGCAAUACGCAGGAUUGUCCGGAUAUUGGAGAUUUCAGGGCGCAGCAAUGCUCGGAAUUCGAUAGUGUCCCUUUUAAUGGGGUACUUUACCAAUGGAUUCCAUACACGAAAGCGCCCAAUCCGUGUGAACUCAACUGCAUGCCCAGAGGUGAGAGGUUCUAUUACAGACACAGGAACCAAGUCGCCGAUGGUACCAGAUGCAACGACGAAAGCCCCGAUGUUUGCAUCAACGGAAAAUGUCAACCAGUAGGGUGCGACAUGAUGCUGGGGUCGGACGUUCGAGAGGAUAAGUGUAGAGUUUGUGGGGGUGAUGGGAAUACUUGUAAAACAGUAAGGGGGCUAUUAGACAUGCAAGACCUUCAAGUGGGAUACAAUGACAUUCUUUUAAUACCAGCGGGGGCUACUAAUAUUUUGGUGGAAGAGGUCGCACCGUCAAACAAUUAUCUAGCAGUACGAAACACUUCAGGCCACUAUUACUUGAAUGGUAAUUGGCGGAUCGACUUUCCAAGAACCAUGGAGUUUGCAGGGUGCAAAUUCCACUACAAUCGGGACCCCCAAGGGUUCUCAGCCCCCGAUAAAAUCACUUGUUUGGGGCCCAUAGACGAAGCUCUCUUCAUUGUUAUGCUAUUCCAAGACCAUAACGUCGGGGUAGCUUACGAGUACAGCCUCCCAACCAAUAUUCAGCCAGGCUACGAAACCGAAAGUUAUGCGUGGACUUUUGACCAGUUUACUCCUUGUACUCAAACUUGUGGAGGAGGGGUACAAUACAGAAAUGUGACUUGUGCUGGUCGUCGAAGUUUAGAACCGGUAGAUCGCAGUCUUUGCGAUGCUAACAACGAACCACCAUCAUCACAGAAAUGUGCAGAAGUACCUUGUGAAGCUCAGUGGGUACCAUACCCUUGGGGUAACUGUUCGGCACCUUGUGGUGAGGGUGGUGUCCAAACUAGGGAAAUAGCUUGCCAACAAAUUAUUUCAAAUGGUUACCCUUCUUUGGUUGAUGAGUCUGAAUGUGCUCGACUUCCCAAACCACCGCAACAACAAGAAUGUAACAAAGGACGAGUUUGUGCAAAGUGGCAUAUAGGACCCUGGAAACCGUGUGACCACCUAUGUGGUGACGGUAAAGAAACUCGGCAAGUAAAGUGUUAUCGGAAGGAAGGUUCAAACAUUGAAAUUAUGGACGAUUCGGAGUGUAUACCCGUAGAGCCUAAACCAGAAACUGAACGGAAAUGUAAUCUGAGACCUUGUGAAGGUGUCGAUUGGAUAACUUCAAGGUGGAGUGGGUGUGAUAAAUGUGGAUUAACGAAUGAAACUCGGAAAGUCCAAUGCGCUACUGCCGCCGGUGUUGUGUACCCCGACAACCUUUGUGACGCUGACCAAAAACCGGAAAUGGUACAACAAUGCAAUGCUACGAAACCCGCCUGCGAGUACAACUGGUAUGCUUCGCAAUGGAGUGAGUGUUCUGCUCAAUGUGGACAAGGUGUCCAAACCCGUAGUCUAUUUUGCGGACUUGUUGGUGAAGACGGAAGUGUCAAGAAAGUCGAAAAUGAAAAAUGUGAUCAAAAUAAAACGUACGAACUGAUUAGGAAUUGCACUGGAGAAGUUGAAAAGUGUGCAGGGGAAUGGUAUAGUGGGCCGUGGACGGAGUGUUCCAAACCUUGUGGUGGUGGCGAAAAAACCAAGAAAGUUGUUUGUUUGAAAGAUUUUCAAGUAGUGGAUGCUUCCGAAUGUAAUCCUGACGAAAUUAUUUUCGGCGAUGAACCGUGUAACACGCAACCUUGCUCUGAAGAUACCAUUUUGCCUACUGAUGUUACUAAGUCUAUUGACGAGUCUGAGUCGUUGGAGCCAACGGAAGAAAGUCCUGUAACAGAAGAAACUCCUGCAACAGAAGACGAUAAACCUACGACUCAGGAUGAUGAGUAUGAGAUAGUUCCUGAUGACGAAUGUGAAGAUGGUGUAUGGGUUGAUGAAAAAGGACGUCCGGAAGAUUUGAAAGAAGGUGUUACUGAACCAAUGGGUGAAGAUAAAUUAGGUUCAAGUACCGAUUCUAGUGUAACUGGAUGGUCGAAAGAAACUGAUUUAUCAGCGGAUGACUUAAUGUUGAGCGAUGCUCCAUCAUCACCUAUCGGGAGUGAAGGUACUACAGUUUCUGGUUCCGGAGAUGAAGAACUUACAAGUGAACCAAGUAGUUCAGGUGGUUCUACGGUACCAUUGGAAACUACCAUGGAAGGUUCCGGAGAUACAGGAUCACCAACAUUUGAAACUGAUACUCCUAUUGAAACCGACAGUGGAUCAAGUGUUGAGACUGAAGUUACAACAGUUGCUAGCAGUGACAGCACUGACAGCAGUAAAAGUAGUGUCGAAAGUACGGAUUCUUCGGGAGUUACAGAUUCUUCAGAUGCUAGUUCAGAUGUUACAACAGCUUCAUCAGAUCAAACGAGUGGUUCAUCUGACGUGUCUAAAUCAUCCGACAUGACAACUGAAUCAUCAGAUUUUACAACAGAAUCGUCAGACAUGACCACAGAAAUUUCCAGUUCCAGUAGUGAUUCAUCUUCUGAUAAAACGUCAGAAAGUGAUUCUACUGAAACUACUGAUCCUACGCAAAGUACUGAUCCCACAGAAAGUACUAUGAGUACUGAUUCACCUGACACUACGGAUAGUACCGAUUCUGCUUCAACUCAAAGUUCUGAUUCAAGCGAAUCUUCUUCGGUCGAUAGUACUUCAAGUGUUGAUCUUUCAUCGGCGACUGAAAGUAGUGCCACUACAGAAGGCGGCAGCUCGGAAGCAACAACCAUUGAGUCUUCAUUGUCUCCAGAACCAAGCGCAGACUUUAUUGGUGAAUCAGAUAUUGGAGCUGACAAAGCCACGACCAUGAAGUCCACUGACAGUGAAAUGACAGAAAGUGGUGUUACUGAUGUAACCGAAAGUGGAAUGACUGAUACAACAGUAGAAUCAAAGAGUGGUUCUGAAUCGACAACUGAACCAAUGGAAAGUUCUGAAACCUCUGAUACGUCGUCGGAAAGAAGUACUGAAUCAGGUGCUACUGAAACCACAACUGAAUUCACCGGCAGUACUGAAUCACCUGGAAGUACUGAAUCAACAGAAUAUACAGAGACCACACCAACCGAUUAUGACAUUUGGACAUCAACGACAGAAAGCGGUCCCACGGAAGAAACUGCCACAGACGUUUGGAGCACCACUCCUAUUACCGACAUAUUCGAAACCUUAAAACCACGAAUGUGCAAGAGAAAGAAACAGAAAGAUUGCAAAAAGACAAUGUUCGGUUGUUGUUGGGACAAAAUUACUCCAGCUGAAGGACCAUUCGAUAAAGGGUGCCCCAACCCGAAAACAUGCAAGGAGUCUAAAUUCGGAUGUUGCGAAGACGGCGUUUCACCCGCUUUGGGCCGAAAAUUCAAAGGAUGCCCCUCAACUCACUGCAAUGAAACCCUGUUUGGUUGUUGUCCCGACAACAAAACAGCAGCUGAGGGUAACAACAAAGAAGGUUGUCCACCACCGCCACCAGCCUGUCUCAAAGCAAAAUACGGUUGCUGCGAAGAUAACGUCACUGCAGCUAAAGGUCCCAAACACAAAGGUUGCAAAGAAGAAGAAGUUCCAACGACGACAGCAGCACCUGGAACAAAUUGCAACACUACCAAGUGGGGUUGUUGCCCAGAUGGUGUACAAACCGCUCAAGGAGAACAUUAUAAAGGGUGCAACAUCACAAACUGCACAGAAUCGUACUACCGGUGCUGUCCUGACGGUGUUACUCCAGCACAAGGCCCGAAUUAUAAAGGUUGUAAAACGCCAUGUGCUGAGAAAGACUUCGGAUGUUGUCCUGAUGGAAUUACACCAGCGCAUGGACCUAGCGGUGAAGGUUGUUGCUUGGCAAGUCCGUUUGGUUGUUGUCCUGAUAAUAUUUUACCGGCACGAGGACCAAAUUUGGAAGGAUGUGGAUGUCAAUAUUCACCCUACAGGUGUUGUCCUGAUAACGUCACUGCAGCUAGAGGCCAUAACAAUGAAGGUUGCGGGUGUCAAUACACCGAACAUGGGUGUUGCCCUGAUGAGUACACUCCAGCAGCUGGUCCCGAUUAUCAAGGCUGUCUGUGUCACACUUUCCAAUUCGGUUGUUGCCCUGACGGAGUCACUGUGGCCAAAGGACCUCACCAACAAGGUUGCGGCUGCCGAAAUACCGAGUUUGGAUGCUGUUCCGACGACAGCACCCCAGCCCAAGGCCCCAACUACGCCGGCUGUGGUUGCGCUUCCAGCAAAUAUGGCUGUUGUCUCGACGGUACAACCGAAGCGCUUGGAGACAACUUCGAAGGUUGUCCCGAAAUUCCGCAAAACCUUCAGGAAAGUUGUACCCAACCGAAAGAACGCGGAACGUGUCGGAACUACACCGUCAAAUGGUUCUUCGACAUGGACUACGGUGGUUGUUCCAGAUUCUGGUACGGAGGAUGUGACGGCAACAACAACCGUUUCAAGUCGAAAGAGGAAUGUGACAAUAUUUGUGUCAAACCAGAAGGCAUCGAUAGAUGCAAACUCCCCAAAAUACCGGGUCCUUGUGAAGGGUACUACCCUCAAUGGUUCUACGAUACGGAACGAAAACAUUGCGCCCAAUUUAUCUAUGGGGGCUGCCUGGGCAAUAACAACAGAUUUGAGACACGAGAAGAGUGCAUUUCGCUUUGUGUGAAAGACGAUAGUGUCGACGCGUGUGAGCAAGAAAAGGAUGAAGGACCGUGUAAAGGUAAUUAUUUGAGGUGGUACUACGACAAGACCAGUCAAAGUUGUCAACAAUUUAUUUACGGGGGCUGUAAAUCAAAUAAUAAUAAUUUCCCAACGGAAGAAGCCUGCAAACAGCAAUGUACGCAACCUGGUCGUAAAAAAGAUCACUGCUCUUUACCUAGAGCUCAGGGUAGUUGCACGGAAAGAAUCCCUCGCUGGUACUACGACAUGCCUGAAAAGAAAUGCUUGCCCUUUUAUUAUUCGGGUUGUGAGGGUAAUAACAAUAACUUCAACAGUAGAGAAGCAUGCGAAACUGACUGUCCGAAAGAAAUCGAAAAAGACUUGUGUCAGUUAGCUGCGGAUACUGGUACUUGUGGCAAUUAUACCGAUCGUUGGUACUACGAUACAAGAGAGAAAACUUGUCGGCAAUUCUACUAUGGUGGUUGUGGAGGAAACGGAAACAACUUCGAAACACAGCAACAAUGUGAACAAAGGUGUGACAAAAGACGUGCACCUGAACCACCUCAAGUACCAAAUGGACAAUUUACCACAGAUAUGUGUUUCCUACCAAGCGAACCAGGCAAUUGCCGAGAAGCACAAUUACGCUACUUCUACGACAGAACUGAUGGUGUGUGUAAAGGUUUCACCUACACUGGCUGUAAUGGCAACAGAAACAAUUUCGAAUCAGUGGAUCAAUGUUUGCAAAACUGCGGAAACGCUCAAGAUUUGUGUAAACUCCCGCCGGUUGUUGGUCCUUGUAAUUCCGAAUACGAACAAUUCUACUACGACGAACGCACCGAUUCGUGUCACGCGUUCAAUUAUGGGGGCUGUGAGGGUAACUAUAACCGAUUCCCGGAUAAAGCAUCGUGUGAGCAAAGAUGCAAGAGGAGUCCCCCGAGUCCACAAAUUCCGCUGACGCAAGCACCUCCUGUGCAAACGCCCCCAAGCACCGCCAUGUGUUACGAACAACCAGAUCCUGGAAAUUGCACCGAUAAUCUUUCGGUCUUCUUCUUCAAUCCGGCAACUAGAACAUGCACUCCUUUCACGUAUACUGGAUGUGGCGGUAAUGCUAACCGUUUUAGUAGUGAAGAACAGUGCGAAAGACAAUGUGGUAGAUUCAGAGGACAAGAUGUCUGCAAUAUGCCGAUGGAGCGAGGCCCCUGUGAAGCUUACACCCCCAAGUACUACUACGACAGAGGUAUAGGACGAUGCGCCAACUUCAUUUAUGGUGGUUGUGGUGGCAAUGGUAACAGGUUUAGUUCGAGUGAAGAGUGCGAAAAGAUUUGUGUGACCCACGAGGAGGAUCGAAGCAAUGUUACCAGUACUGCCGUCUGUGAAUUACCCGUGGAUACGGGUUCCUGUCAAGAUGGCUACCACAAACGUUGGUACUUCGAUAAUGCACGUGGGGAAUGCAUUGCCUUCAUAUUCAGUGGUUGCGGUGGAAAUUUAAAUAACUUUAAAACAUUCCAGUCGUGUGUCACAUUCUGUAAAGAUUAUUUGAGUGUAACUCAACCUCCAGUGGGUCCUCAAGAUCAUCCAUGCCAAGCCCAUUUCGACGAAUGUGCCACUUUACGAUGCCCCUAUGGUAUUGAAGCAUACGUCGACGAUAAUCAGUGUAAUCGGUGCCAGUGCCAAAACCCUUGUAGCAAAGUUGACUGCCCCCCGAAUUCUCAAUGUGCCAUCGACAUCAACAGAAACAAAACUAGUAGUCAAGAUCCUGACUUUAUAGCAAUUUGUAGAGAAAUCAACAAAAAUGGCCAAUGUCCGAUUUUGGAACACCACGAACAAAAUAACUGCGAACAGGAAUGUAGAAACGAUGCAGAUUGUCCUUUGCACCUAAAAUGUUGUUCCACUGGUUGUGGUACUUCGUGCAUCGAGCCAACGGUACCAGCAGAAUUGGUUACGCAACAGUACCAACCAGCUUAUACUGAAGCACCAAUACAAAGUGACUACUAUCCACCUAAAAUCGACGUCCAAACGUAUGAACCUGAAGUCCAAGGCCUUAUUGGUGAUCACGUGACUUUGAGAUGUGCUGUCACUGGCAACCCUAAUCCUAAAAUAACCUGGAAGAAAGAUGAUAUUUUGAUUGAUGGUACUCAAGCCAAAUAUAGGAUUAAGUUGGAUCAAUCCUUGCAAAUCAUAACGUUGCAUAAAACUGACUCUGGUGUAUACUUAUGUACCGCCGAUAACAGUGUUGGUGAACCAAUAACUAACAAAAUAGUACUGAACGUCAUCGACGGUCCUCCCCGGCCUGCCACCGUACUGGAACCUGAGAGUCAACCCAACGUUGUUGUGUCACUUAACGCUCCAGCAACCCUCAAUUGUCUAGCCUUGGGUUAUCCCUUCCCUGCUGUCACCUGGUGGAAAGAUGACAGUCUUAUCCCCUUAAAAACAAGCCAGUUUGAAGUUCGCAAAGACUACUCUCUUCUUAUCCAUUCUGUAAAACUGUCAAAUCUUGGAGUAUAUACUUGUCAAGCCUAUAACGGUGUUGGGAAAGCUGCCAGUUGGUCGGUUGCGGUGAAAGCGAGAGGUCCUUACCAUAGUACCAAUCCUAAAGAUCAAAAAUAUUUGAAAUAUAUUGUGAACCCACCUGAAUUGCCCACAACGCCAGCUCCACCUAUCUAUAGACCCACCUCUCCACCGUACUUACCACCGGCCAAUAACGAAAUUUUCCCGAAUAGAGAGCCCGGCCCUGGACCUGCCACUUAUUUCGUGCCCGUCACAGCAAAUAUCACAACUGACAAUCAGCGAUUCCCUGUAAAUUCGGAUAUUGUAAUUCCUUGUGACGUGGAAGGAUAUCCAGCUCCGCAAGUCCAGUGGUAUAAAGACGGUAUCUCGUUAAGUCCAAACGAACGAGUCCAUAUUUCAGAUAAUAACAAACUGACGAUUUUACGAGCAACUAAAGCGGAUUCCGGGGUUUAUCAGUGCGAAGCGGCAAAUUCUUAUUCUAAAGCAAGCAGCAGCCUCACAAUUCUAGUUGAUGAAAUGUUUAUACAUCCCAAUUGCAAAGACAACCGCUUCUUCGCCAACUGCAACCUUAUUGUAAAAGCGAAAUUCUGUUCGCACAAAUAUUACGCCAAGUUCUGCUGUCGGUCAUGCACAGAGGCUGGCUUACUACCAGUGGAUGGCCCACACUUACACGAUGACAAGCAGUCAGCACUCAGUUACAACUUAGUAUAAUUUUUAAAUUUAUUGUAAUUGCUAGUCUCAUUAUUUUGUUACAAGUUACGAAGUAUAAAAUUCACUAACAAAUUUUGGUAUUAUAAGAACGUGUAUGCUUCUUGAUUUUUGUACUUAAUGUGUUUCCUGAACUCGUAAGCAAUUGUAGAUAUAUUUUUACAGUGUGUGCAAUUAUUGAUGUAACUCAUGUAUGUAUAUAAAAUUUACGUUAAUAUUUUUAUAAUUUUUUUAAUGUAAAAAUGUGUUCAUUACAUCGUAAAAUUCAAAAA